AUGAGGCUACAGGCAUCAGAAACGAGUUUUGCAUCAUGGCUUCUAAGUGUUGGGGAUGGAGCUGCACCAAAAUGCCAAUCAAAUAGUGAGGAUAAGAAUGAUGAUGGAGAAGUCAUAGUCAUUGACAAACGAUUGCUUAUGCAGCCAUCUGGAAAUUCACUAGAACAAAUCACGAAGACGGCAUACAUGUUCAACAGUGAAUCCCAGACCAAUUUUGAUUACUUAACGGAACGAGCUAUUCUUACCCCACGCAAUGAAACAGUGGAUGAGAUCAAUGCAUACAUGUUAUCACAAGUUCCAGGAAAGUUGAAGGAAUAUUCAAGCUACGACAGCAUAGCAGAGGCAGAUACAAAAAGGCCCGAUUAUGAAGCCUUAUAUCCUCCAGAGUAUUUAAACUCCAUGGAGUAUCCAGGCUUGCCCAAGCAUAAACUAAGCUUAAAAAUUGGAGUCUCCAUAAUGCUUUUACGAAACAUCAACCAAAAAGAGGGUUUAUGCAAUGGUACAAGACUAAUUGUUACUCAAAUGGGAGAACGAGUGAUAGAAGGAAAAAUAGUCACAGGUACACAUGCCGGUAACAAGGUAACAGUACUACCAAGGAUUAUACUGUCUCCAGCACUAGAAGAUCAUCCCUUCACUCUAAAAAGACGACAAUUCCCUAUAAGAGUAUGCUAUGCUAUGACUAUUAAUAAAAGUCAAGGGCAAAGCUUAAAAUCAGUGGUAUUGUAUUUACCUAAGCCGGUUUUCAGUCACGGCCAACUCUACGUAGCUCUCUCAAGGGUAAAAUCUCCAGACGGUUUAAGCAUUUUACAAGACGACGAAGAAACAGACAAAGGAGUGCGAAACAUUGUUUACAAGGAAGUUUUCCAAAAUAUUCCUAAUUACUAA